AUGAUAUACGACCCUGAGAUUGCGGCCACUUCGUGGUCCCCAUCAGAUGAAUUUACAAAUUUUCUGGAAAAACAUUUCCGCCGAAAAUUAACAAUUGAUCAAGUAUGCGACAUACUAGAGGAACAAGCUGUUCCUUCAGUUGAUGCUCUUGUAGCCCCAACUCUUGACCCUCCCAUGCUUCAACAUGUCGCGGUUCAAAACAAAAAAUUCAUACAAGAACGCGACAAAGAGAUCGCAGUUAGUCAACGUGCCAUGCUUAACGCUACCGGCCCAUUAUGCACAUUGCAUGAUCAACUCGAGCAAGAUAAUAGCCUAAAGCCGGCAGAUCUCAAAUUAAUAUUGGAACAAACUCUUUGUCUCCUGGGUUCUGCAAAUACACAAUUGUCUAUAUUACGUCGCAAGAAAGUACUUGCUUCAAUAAACAAAUCCAAAAUUAACCUAGCUACUCAACCAUUGCUAAAUGCAAAGAAAUUGCUUUUUGGUGAAGAUUUUCCUUCCAUCUCGUCUAAAGAGGCAGAAUUAUCCCGUGGUCUCGCCAAGAAUUUGGCACCGGUACCUAAGUUUGACAAACCUAAACCCGGUUACAGGUCGCGAUAUCCGGCCUCUUCAACAAUCACAAUAUUUUUCCAAAAAACGGAAAGUAUCAAAAUUUUCGCCAGAAGCAAAAAUUUUUCCGUCCCCCUCGGUUUCAACAGUCACAGCAGCGAAACUCCCACAAUUCAUCGAACAAUGGAAAACUAUAA